AACUCUUGCUUCUCCCAUCCUCGCUUCGCUCACUCACUCUCCCUCCUCUCCGCAAUCUGAAAAUCUCUGUUCGUCAUUCCGUCUAUAUUUUCAGAAGAUGGCUUUGGUAGUGGAGAAAACCACGGCUGGCCGUGAGUACAAGGUCAAAGACAUGUCUCAGGCUGACUUCGGCCGACUCGAGAUCGAGCUCGCCGAGAUCGAGAUGCCUGGGCUCAUGUCCUGCCGCUCUGAGUUCGGUCCCUCCCAGCCCUUCAAGGGAGCCAGGAUCACCGGUUCCCUCCACAUGACCAUCCAGACAGCCGUCCUCAUCGAGACCCUCACUGCCCUCGGCGCCGAGGUCCGCUGGUGCUCCUGCAACAUCUUCUCCACCCAGGACCAUGCCGCAGCCGCCAUUGCUCGCGACUCCGCUGCGGUUUUCGCCUGGAAGGGCGAGACCCUCCAGGAGUACUGGUGGUGCACCGAGCGCGCCCUCGACUGGGGCCCCGGCGGCGGCCCCGACCUUAUCGUCGAUGACGGUGGUGACGCCACCCUCUUGAUCCACGAGGGUGUCAAGGCCGAGGAGAUCUACGAGAAGGACGGGACACUCCCUGACCCUGCCUCAACCGACAACGCUGAGUUCCAGAUUGUGCUCACCAUUAUCAGAGAUGGGCUCAAGACCGAUCCCAAGAGGUACCACAAGAUGAAGGACAGACUGGUCGGAGUGUCGGAGGAGACCACAACCGGGGUUAAAAGGCUCUACCAGAUGCAGUUAAAUGGUACUUUGCUGUUCCCCGCUAUUAACGUUAACGACUCUGUCACCAAGAGCAAGUUCGAUAACUUGUACGGUUGCCGCCACUCCCUCCCUGAUGGCUUGAUGAGAGCUACUGAUGUUAUGAUUGCUGGCAAGGUUGCUGUGGUCUGUGGAUAUGGUGAUGUUGGAAAGGGCUGUGCUUCUGCCUUGAAGCAAGCUGGUGCCCGUGUGAUUGUGACCGAGAUUGAUCCAAUUUGUGCUCUCCAGGCCCUCAUGGAAGGCAUCCCUGUCCUGACCCUUGAGGAUGUUGUUUCAGAGGCUGACAUCUUCGUUACCACCACUGGUAACAAGGACAUCAUCAUGGUGAGUGACAUGAAGAAGAUGAAGAACAAUGCCAUUGUCUGUAACAUUGGCCACUUUGACAAUGAGAUUGACAUGCUUGGGCUUGAGAACUACCCGGGCGUGAAGCGCAUCACCAUCAAGCCUCAAACAGACAGGUGGGUAUUCCCCGAGACCAACUCAGGCAUCAUUGUUUUGGCCGAGGGUCGGCUCAUGAACUUGGGUUGUGCCACAGGGCACCCUAGUUUUGUGAUGUCCUGUUCCUUCACAAACCAGGUGAUUGCCCAGCUGGAGUUGUGGAAGGAGAAGACAAGUGGAAAAUACGAGAAGAAGGUAUAUGUGUUGCCUAAGCACCUUGAUGAGAAGGUUGCUGCGCUUCACCUUGGCAAGCUUGGGGCCAAGCUCACCAAACUCAGCAAGGACCAGGCUGAUUACAUUAGCGUGCCCAUUGAGGGACCUUACAAGCCUGCUCACUACAGGUAUUGAGAGAUUCAAGAAAGUGAGAAAAAUAUAUAAUAUUUGGAUAUUUGAACGGCUUUGAGUGUUUGUGGUAGGAUGCUAGAGUUGAUUUUGGGAGGGUUUGUGUUUGUUGGUGGAAUGGUAUGGGAGGAAAUUGACGGGUCUCCUUUGAAUGAAGACCAGGUUGGGUUUUUGAAUGAAUAAAUAUGGAUGGGACCAAGUGGGAGGUGUAUUGUAACGGCUGCACUCUUGAGUUUUGCUGCAUUUCUUAUCAUUUCAUUACUAUAAAUGGGGAAAAAAGAGCUACCACUAUUUUCCUAGCA